GAAAGUCUCAAUAGACAUCAAUACUUGAAUUCUUUAUUUCCCAGUGAAAAUUCCACUGCCUUCUAUGGAAUAAAUCAGUUUUCUUAUUUGUUUCCUGAAGAGUUUAAAGCCAUUUAUUUAAGAAGCAAAUCUUCCAGGUUUCCCAGAUACCCAGCAGAAGUACAAAUGUCCAUCUCCAACGUGUCUUUGCCACUAAGAUUUGACUGGAGGGACAAGCAUGUUGUAACUCAAGUGAGAAACCAGCAAAUGCACAUGAAAAAUNAACUGGUGAAAGAUUCAGAAUACCCAUUUAAAGCUCAAAAUGGCCUGUGCCAUUACUUUUCUGAUUCACAAUCUGAAUUUUCAAUUAAAGGUUAUUCUGCAUAUGACUUCAGUAACCAAGAAGAUGAAAUGGCAAAAGCACUUCUUACCUUUGGCCCUUUGGUAGUGACAGUAGAUGCAGUAAGCUGGCAAGAUUAUCUGGGAGGCAUAAUACAGCAUCACUGUUCUAGUGGAGAAGCAAAUCAUGCUGUUCUCAUAACUGGGUUUGAUAAAACAGGAAUUAUUCCAUACUGGAUUGUGCGAAACUCAUGGGGACGUUUAUGGGGAGUAGAUGGCUAUGCCCAUGUUAAACUGGGAAGUAAUGUUUGUGGUAUUGCAGAUUCCGUUUCUGCUGUCUUUGUGUGAUACGUUGGGCAGAUCAGGAAACAGCUACAAAAAUGAAGGUUUUCAUAAUGCAUUGUAACAUAGUACUUCAUUCUAAGCAUUAUUCAAUUCAAGCUUCAGCACUACCUAGAAAAGGUUCUACAACCUAGUAAUACUAUUUAAACUAAGUCGUGUAAUGUUCCCUUCUUAUAAGAGGAUGGACAGCCAAAGCCCCAGCACCCCAGCCUGCAGUGAAAUCUAUGGAACAGUUGCCUACUCUGGGAGGAAAGUCAGAUUAGGAGAUAUUUUAGGUCCCUUUCCAUUUGAAGAAGCUAUUGAUUGUUUUUGUUUGCUUAUUGUUUUUGUUGUUUGUUCUUAUUGAGAAAAUUUAGGUAGGAUUAAUGAAGUGAUAAGAAUUUAUUUUCCUUUGUAGAAUGUAAUCAUUAACCUUAGAUUACCCCAAUAUACAAGAAUGGCUAACCUUAAAUUAUAUGUGCCUUGAGCAAUUAUAUUAGCAGCCAUUUGAGAUGGUGUAUGAUAAGAGUUUGAAAUACCAAUUGCUUUACCUCAACAAAUGAUGCUUGCUCUUUGAACAAUGCAAAAGGAAACAAAAGGGCAAAACCUCUUUUCAAAAGAAAUGGUUAAAUUGACUGAAAUGAAAUAACCAGUAUGGCAACUAUGCAAUAAUAAAUCUCAAGUAGCAUUCCAGCAAGACAAGUUAUUAUUUGGACAUUUUCAUUGUCUGGAGGAAUUCAAUAGAUAUUACUUCUUACUUUGUUCUUCCUAUGUUAGAGAAUACACUAUUUUCCCACAUUUUGUCACUCUCCUUCUCUUACUCUUUACUUUGUAACUCCUAAGUUUUCCUGAGUUUGGCUUUCCUGACUAAAAAACUAAGUCUGAUGGUUUACUUUCCAUUUCUAUUUUCUAAUCACUUGGCUCCCUUUGUUUCUAAGCCCUUUAUCAACAUCAGAACCUUGAGUCUUUCUUCCUCCCAUGAUGUGUAGGAACCCUCCUUUCAAACUCCAAUCUCUUAACCUAGGAUAUCAGCCCCAAUGUGAUUUUCCCAGACUCUGUUUAAGUUAUCUGCUUAGUUUUUCCAGUCUCCAUCCCGACUGCUUCUGUGUGCAUUGCUUUGGCUUUUACUUGGUUCCCCGUCUUGAUGCCUAUGAUUUCUCUUGCCUCAUUAAUGGCGUAAGUAGUUUCAAGUACUGAGGCACUAUUGCAGCUCUGAUUAACUUGUAUCCUCAGCAGAGAUCAAUAACCCUGUGUGCGUAGAAAGGACACUAUGUGCUGCUUAUAUCCUGCAACUGAGAAACAAGCCACUUCUUGUGUGGCUGUGUGAGAACCUCAGAGCAAAUGAGUUGAACUUCUGUUUGCAUGUAAACACAACUAUACUAAAUGAGUUAAUAUAAGAAAAUCAUAUCAGAUAUUACGUAUGUAUGUUUUUCUCAAUUUCGUGACUGCUUUCUAAUGUAGAAUAUCUUAACAAAGAUGAAAAUUUAAAUGCAGCAAAGACCACUAAAAUAUCCAAGGACAUUCCAUUUUUCCUCUCAUGUUUGGUCUUUAUUAAUUCAUCCACCUUAUUGGAAAAAGGAAAUCAAAAACAAAAUGAUGUAUUUCUUUUUUUACAUCAACCAGAAGCAAUCUCAAAAAAAUAUGUGUUGACUCAGGUUUAGAAAUAUUCCAGGAUGAUGAAUGUGACAUUUUAAUAAAUAUUCUAAUUAUCCAAAUAUGCCAGAAAGGAACUAUGUCCUGAUUAUUCUAGUUUGUGUUCAGUUACUAACUUUCUAUAUGAUAUAAAUAUUUUUCUAAUAUUUUGUUCUAAACACUAAAGGAUUUUUAAAAUCUCAAAAUAAUACCUCUCAGGUGUUCUGGAUUUUGAUGACAUUUAUAAUAAAACAACCUGUGUUUGGUUUUGGGUUAAAAAGAACCUUUCCUUGAGAGUAUGGCUUACAUUUUGUUAACACAGCAUUAGUGUGCUUAACAGCCACCCAGAUUUUUCUCAGCUCCUAAUCCAUACAUCCAAUUUUUGGUUUUCUCCAUAGGACACUUUAAUCUCAAUGUCUCCAAUAUUGCAUUUAUCAUCCUACCUCACCACCAGCCCCCCAAAAGCUCCUUCAUGUCCUAGAAUCUCUAUUUUGGUUAACAGCAUCAACAUGUAAUCACUCAAUCAAUAGAAUUAAGGGAAAUUCUAGGUAUUUAAUCAGGUCAAAAAUACCUUGGUAACCCAUCACUUAAUCACCUACCUCCUCUCCACUUCUACUGUCCUUUCUUACACGCAUAUUCUUAAAUAUCUCUUACCACCACUAUCCAGUAGUCUACUCACUAAACUCCAUGUCCCUUAAUCUAGAGGUUCUUAAAGUAUAAUCUGCAGACCAGAGGUCAGGUGAUUAUGAAGGAUGCUACUAUAAUACAUUUACUACAUAUCCCCUGGAUUUACAUUUCUAAAAGUUAAUAAAAGUUAAAAGUUUUAAAAGUUAAAA